UAUUAAAGACUCGCUUCAUUGAUACGAUUUGGCUCUUGCGAUUCUUGCCUCUGCCUGUUAGGCAAGCUUCGGGCUCCGAGUAAUUCGCUGCCAUUUGAGAUUCCUUUUGGAUCUUGUGGCUUUGGUAGGAUGGCGCCGUUGGAGGUUUGGAAUGUUGCAUCGUGUGUUUCGAUUUGUGCUUUUAUAUCGAUUCGAAUGUGGAUUCAAACAUUGGCUGCAGUAUCUCUAUUCCCUUGAUCUUCUCCUCCGAAGACUCUCCGUCUUCCCUAAGUGCUGAUUGUCCGGAGACUUGAAGGGAGUUGAAGUUGAAGGUGACGAGGUGUCUUCAGAGAUGGAUGAGCCAGACAGUGACGACUAUGACUCUGACGAAAUGAAUGAGGCAUUCGACUUAGCCUGGACAGGACUUAAAAAUGGGUCACUCAAGUGUUUGAACUCCGAUGGCACCUUCAGGUGUCCUUAUUCACCCGGUCGUAAGAAGCAGAACUAUGUAUACAGUGAAUUACAUCAGCAUGCUGUGGGAGUUGGUAAAGGGGAGCGGGGUCCUGUCGCUGCUGGAAAUCAUCGCGCCUUGCAAAAGUACCUGGAACAGGAUAUGGCUGCAAGGGCACACCCUCAGGCGGAGCGAGUUAUUCAUUUGCAGCAAGAGGUACCUUCCAGGGUGGAUAACGACGACAAACGUGUCCGUCCAUGGAUGGGCAUAUUGCAAAACAUUGACAAUCGAACUCGCAGGCCAGCGGACCAGUUCCGAAUCGGCCCUGGUGCGGCAGAUAUCAAAGAGCAUCUCCGGGCUUUCAACCCAGAAUCGGUUAAGGUGUUAUAUGAUUAUAAAGGUCAUCUAGGCAUGGCUGUCGUUGGGUUUCGGAACACAAUGGAUGGGUUCAAAGACGCUGAAGCGUUUGAGAAUAGCUUCUGCCUGAAAAGGCGAGGACGGAAGGAUUUCGAGAUGAACUAUCCACAUGCCCUCGGCGAACACUUGUAUGGAUGGAUGGCUACUGAGAAGGAUGUCGAUGGCUGGAACAAGGGCUCUCACAAACUUCUAGUCGAGCACCUGAGGGCAAAUGGCGACCUGAAAUGCCUCCCAGAGAUUGUGAAGGAAUUGGAACUUACAGCACAGCAACAGGUGCAAAAUCUGAAGAAAGUCGUCAUAAACAAGGAUGAUGUCUUGCAAGUAACUCAUCGGGAGAACUGGAGCUUGACCAACAAGGUAGAUCUUGUCACUGCCCAACGUGAACAAGCAGAGAGUGAGAAGCUAAAGCUUAUCGAGAAUCAUAAAAAAGAACUUGAGGGGUUGCAACGAGCGGCAUCUCUUGCAGCGGAAGAGCAUGAGAGGAAUAUGGGUGCUUAUCGAACACAAAUCGAAAACAGGAUGAAAGAGCUAGAAAGCAAAUGCUCUGAACUAGGAAUGUUGCAAAUUGAGAAUGAGGCUGAGAAGGCUCGAAAUUUUGCAGAAAGACAGGAGACACAAAAACUAUUAGCAUGGUACAAGGUUCAAGCUAAGAUUCAGGAAGAGCAACAACUCAAGCAGAUUGAGCUCAUUAAAAAGCACAAGGAUGAGAGUGACAAAUUAGAGAACGAGCUUCAAGAGCAACGGAAAAAACUUCAAGCAAAGCAUUGGCGUGAGUUGGAGAAUCACCGUGUGACGGAGCAAUUGGAGGCGGAAAAGGCCAAGAAGGCAGAGAUCAUCGAAGCAAACAUAGAGGAAACAGAAAAAGAAAAAGAGGAAUAUGUCAAGAAGAUCGCUGAGUUGGAGGAAAAGUUAAAGGACUGCGAAGAAGACAUGGAUUAUAACAAUGAUCUUGUGAAUCAAUUAACAAUUUCGCACAGACAAGCAAAUAGUGAAGUCGAAGAUGCUAAGACAUUAAUAAUAAAAUUGAAAGUGUUGGAAAAAUAUGGCACAUCCGACAUUGGGGUGAAGAGAUUGGGACAGCUGAACACAGAAGGUUGGUGGGAAGCGUGCGGUCACAAGUUUCCAAGCAAAAUGAGGUUCUGUAAGUGGCAAAGUAGAGUAGAGACACUAAUGGCAGAUAAUACGUUUAAUCCAAUCAGGGUGGAGUCCGACGGGAAAGGAGGACAUAAGUACUCCGUUAAUGAAGACGAUAAGGAGUUGACAAAUAUCCGCGAAAAGUAUGGUCCCUUGGUGGCUAAUGCUGUUGCAGCUGCCAUGCUGGAGUUGACAACUUGGAAUCCUAGCGGAAGGUAUAUUGUCUCAAUGCCCUGGGAUUUCAAGGCAAAUCAGAAAGCCACUAUGAGCCAACUUUUUGACUUUUUCCUAAAAGUUAUUAAAAAUAAAGAAGAUGAAGUUAAGGAAACGCAAAAGAAGCUGAAAGCGUUGGAGGAAGCGAUGGCGCUGACGAAGGAGAAGACGAAGGGUCCCGCCUCUGGUGUCUCCAAAGGAAAAAAAAGGCCUCGUCCCUAAUACAGUGGACCUGCACAGGUAUAGCCAGCAGAUCCAUCUGCUCUGAGCAUUUUGACUUAGAUACCUUAGUUAACCUUGUUUAAUCUACCUACAAUGUUAUGGAA